AUGACUAUCCAUAAUUAUCUGAAAAGACCUGGGCGGGCGAGUGCGGGGGCGGGAGGAAAGGGCCUCUGCGGGGCGGGAGCGAGGGGACCGCCGGGCGGGGACGCGGGACCCCCGGGGAAUUGCCUCUCCGCCCCUCCCCCCGCCGCAGACCCCCCAGCCGCCCCCNGCCCCGCCCGCGCCUGUGCUCCCCCGUCCCUCCCCGCCUCCGUCCUGCGCUCCCCCACUCGGUGUCCCUUCCCCUGCCCUCCCGGCCGCCUGCACCUGCGCCCCGGGCCCCGCGGCGGGAGGAGGGUCGGGCGCGGUCUCAGCCCCUCGGCGUCCGCAGGCUCGCACUCCCUGAGGUAUUUCUCCAUCGCCCUGUCCCGGCCCGGCCGCGGGGAGCCCCGGUACUGGGAAGUCGGCUACGUGGACGACACGCAGUUCGUGCAGUUCGACAGCGAUGCGGCGAACCCGAGGAUGGAGCCGCGGGCGCCGUGGGUGGAGCAGGAGCGGCCGGAGUAUUGGGACCAGGAGACGCGGGGCGCCGAAGACCACGCACGGAUUUCGCGACGGAACCUACGGGUCGCUCUCGGCUGCUACAACCAGAGCGAGGCGGGCUCUCACGCCCUCCAGGGGAUGUUUGGCUGCGACGUGGGGCCGGACGGGCGCCUCCUCCGCGGGUAUGAGCAGUUGGCCUACGACGGCGCGCAUUACAUCGCCCUGAACGAGGACCUGCGCUCCUGGACCGCGGCGGACACGGUGGAGGCGGCCGGUGGCGCAGAGCACUCCAGAAACUACCUGGAGGUCACGUGCGUGGAGUCCCUCCGCAGGUACCUGAAGAGGAACGAGACGCUGCAGCGCGCAGAACCGCCCAAAACGCAUGUGAGCCACCACCCCAUCUCUGACCAUGAUGUCACCCUGAGGUGCUGGGCCCUGGGCUUCUACCCUGCGGAGAUCACCCUGACCUGGCACCGUGAUGGGGAGGACCUGCCCCAGGACACAGAGCUUGUGAAGACCAGGCCUGCAGGAGAUGGGACCUUCCAGAAGUGGGCAGCUGUGGUGGUGCCUUCUGGACAGGAGCAGAGAUACACGUGUCAUGUGCAGCAUGAGGCACUGCCUGAGCCCAUCACCUUGAGAUGGGAGCCACGUCCUCAGCCCACCGUGGGCGUCAUUGCUGGUCUGAUCUUUGUGAUCGCUGCGGUGGUUGUAGCUGUGAUGUGGAGAAAGACGCGCUCAGGUAGAAGAACAGGAAACUACUGUCACGCUGUGAUGACAUUGCCUAGGGCUGUGAUGUGCCUCUCACGGCAACUGCAGAGUGAGACCAGCUGCCUUGUGGGGACUGAGCGAUGCAAGAGUUGUCCACACUCCCACUUGGUGACACCAACAACCCCUGACUCCUUUUUGUGCAAAAAGUGUCACAAUGUGUCUGUGUUCCUAUACGCAUAAUGUGAGGAGGUGGGGAGACUGGCCCACCCUGCCCACCACACCCCCUCCCCAUACUGACCUACGCUCUCUUCUCUCAUGUGCUCUCCUGUUCCAGCAGAGGCUGGGCUGGACUGUCUUCAUCCCUGUCUUUAGUUCAGGUUGGGCUGAGUACGAAUGACUUACUUCCCUAUUGAAAAUCAGAAUCCAGAUAUGAGUUUGUGUCUUUUUUUUUUUUUUAAGAUUUUUUAUUUAUUUAUUUGACAGAGAGAUAGCCAGCAAUAGAGGGAACACAGCAGGGGAGUGGGAGAGGAAAAAGUAGGCUCCCAGUGGAGGAGCCUGACGUAGGACUCGAUCCCCGAAUGCCAGGAUCACGCCCUGAGCCGAAGGCAGAUGCUUAAUGACUGCGCCACCCAGGUGCCCCGAGUUUGUGUUUUUUAACAUUUGGCAUGUGGUGUUGAUGAGGUAAUAAAAGAGGAGAUUUGUAAAAUCGAGACAGCAAAAAAGUGAAAGCACUGAGAACCUUCCAGAAUCCGUGUGGUCGCUGUGCUGUGUUGCCCCCACAGGUGGGGCAGGAGAAGGCUAUGAGGAGCUGAGCAGGGACAGGGCUUGUGGCCAGUCAGUGCUCAGUACAUCAUGGGGGUGACGUGCUCACCCCUCAGCUGGGUCAUCUCUCUGCUCCGUGUCCUUCCCCCUUCUGUGGAAACUUGUCUCCCUGGGACUUGUGAUCACAGGGACUUGGACGUCACCUGUCACCAGGAACUUCGGCAGCCAGAGCUUCCUGUGACUGGGGCAGUCUAGGCUCAGGCCUAGGUCCUGCCCUAGCCCCCAUUUGGGAGGGGGUUCUCUUUGUUUCUCUGGAGCAUCAGGCCUGUUCUUGCUCUUGUGUGUGAGUUUUUGUCUCCUUCCUUGGAUGUCCCCAUCAGUUACAGCAGCAGGUGUCCGUGGGGCUGUCCUUCCCACAGGCCUCGGUCAGCCCCCGCGCACAGGAGUCUCUGUGGUAUGGAGAGAUGAACUUCCAGAUUCAUCCAUGUGUUCCCCUCCUUCUAGAGCUGUUUUCUGGAUUAUUCUUUAGAUUCUGGAGGUAGAGAGAGGAGGAAUCUGAGAGAUUCUCAUCCUUAUUAAACUUCAGUUAGUUUCUGCCUUCCCUGCUGCUCUGUCCUCUCUCCCGGCCCCUAGUUCCAGUGAUCUCAGGGCUGCUCCGAUCCAAGUUCAUGGAUUUAUGAAGCAGAGUCUGAGGUCGAUUUCUGUGCGGUUGGAGACAAGGACCCAUAAAGCCUAAGUACAGCGUUUCUGAAGGGAGAACUCGGUGUGCUGUGCUGGCUGUGCAGGACACAUGGCUGAGCAGAGUGAGGGAGGGGAGGGCCGCCCUGUGAGAAGAGAGAGGCAGCACAGAUGGUGAGGUGGGUGCACAUGAGGCGGGAGCUGCCACGGACAGCUGCGGCCCGACACUCAUCUACAAGAGGGACGUCUUCUACCUGCUCCUUCAUCCAAAUGAUAAUCGUCAUGUGCCUCAUACAGGCCGUGCUAUGUUUCCUCAUCUAGGACAGCUCAGUGAAACUAAGAUGAGGCAAAACGUGCUGGUCUUGUGGAGACUAUGUUCUCGUGGUGAGGGGCAGACCCCACUUGUCUGUCAGUGGGGACUGGGGCAAUGGCCUGCUUGUGCAGUCAGGAAUCCAGGUAUAAUUUUGAC